AUGAUAAACGGAGCAAUUCCACUCUAUCCGAAGAGGUGGACGAGGCACCCGACGAGGCAAUUUUAUUACGCAACCAGGAGAGAGAUGCUAUGCAAAGGACCACUUGGAGUGAGAGACCAAGCAAUGCUACCGGAAAGAUCGACCAAUAAUAUUACACAACAAGGUGAUGGUAGAAAUCCUGCAUUGGUAACAAUAUUAUUGGAUGGAUAUCGAUACGAUUAUCUCGAAAAGGCCAAAGAAUUGGACUUAACCGGAUUCGGUGCUAUAUUAGACAAUGGUGUGAAGGCGGACUACUUGAUACCAACAUAUCCAACAGAAUCUUAUCCAAACUACUACAGUCUGAUGACAGGACUUUAUUGUGAAUCACAUGGUAUGAUUGGAAACUAUAUGUACGAUGAGAUACACAAUACAUCAUUUCUUAUCGGGACAAACCCUGAGCAGAAUGCCUCCUAUUUCUGGGACGACGGCGACCCUCUGUGGAUCACUGCCAAACGACAGGGGUUAAAAUCAGUGAUGCACUACUGGCCAGGGUGCGAAGUAGAGAUAAGAGGGUUAAGACCAGACUACUGCGCUCCCUAUAACGGGGUUCCAAACAAGACAAUGAUGGAGAUAGCCAUUGACAGAACUGUCGAGGAACUAUCAAAUGGGGUUGCAUAUGCAGGUAUUUACUACGAGGCAUCGGACAAGAAAGGCCACAUCUAUGGUCCGGAUAGUCCAGUGAUUCUGAAUGUCACGAGGGAGGUUGAUGACCUCUUGCUUCAGCUACAUAAUAAACUCGAAGACAACAAUCUCAUAGACUCCACUAAUAUCAUGAUCUUCUCUGACCAUGGUAUGGUGGCCAUAGAUCCUUUACAGAGAGUGCUGAAUGUCUCCGUCAAUAUGGAGAACAUCGAAAGAAGCUUUAAGAGUUCUAUAUACUCACAGAUAUGGCCGAAGGAGAACAUGACCUCAAAGGUGUAUGAUGAACUAAUCGCUCUUAAAGACACGUUAGGACACUUUAAUGUGUACCUGAAGGCAGACUUACCCGAGAGAUGGCACUUGAAGAACCACUAUAGAGUGGCACCUAUUGUAUUGCUACCUGAUGAGGGAUACAUCAUACAGCUUCCGGACGCCAAGGUAAAUACAAACUUAGGCGGACAUGGAUACGACAAUAAUGUACGAGACAUGAGAGCCACCUUUAUUAUAAGUGGACCUGGUGUCAAAAAGAAAUCAACCCAUAAAGCGAUCAGCGCUGUGGAACUGUACCAGUUAAUGUGCCACAUCUUGAACAUCGAUGCGUCUCCACACAACGGCACCUGGGCAAAUGUGAAAGGAAUGUUAACCCAGGCAUCGGGAGCCCACACAUUUUUGUUCUGCAAUACGAUGACAUUAACAAUGAUCAUAUGGACAACAAUGGAGUUCCUCUAUCAUUAUUUAUAGCGACCCAACUUCAAAUAAAUACAGGUUGGGGCAUAGGUAACACAAACAAAUCUUAAUUACUCACUACUCAGUCAUCCGUUUGUUUGGGUUACCUUUUUUCUCACCAUGUUUACGUAAGACCUAGUCUUGUUAAAAGUUCUGUGUAGUAGUCCAAUUUGAAUAAUGGCAAAGAUGGAAGCCAGAUUUUUCACACACAAAAUAGCAUAAUUUUGAAGUCAUUCAUAUGUUCAUAAAACUAAAUGAGCCAGUGCCGUGGAGAAUAAGACUUGAUUUUUGAUAAUUUAUGAUGGCGAUACAUAUAUACAUGUAUACUCGUACAUACUCGAAUAUACGAAAAAGGAAUAAACUAGUUUGUAAGAUAGAUAUAUUUAAAUAUAUGUUUAACAAUGCAUUUAACUGUAUG